GAGGAUGGAUGUAAAAGAUAAGUUGUUAGAGAACGACAGUGAAGACGAGAUGGACAGACAGGCAGUCCUCAGUGUGGAGGGUAUGACAUGCCAGUCAUGUGUCAAGAAUAUAGAGUCUAACAUUGGCAAAAUGAAGGGAAUUGUCAAUAUAAAGGUUAUCUUGGAUUCAAGCGAGGCUCUUGUAACGUACAGUCCUACAGAGACCUCCCCACCAAUCAUUGCAGAGAGUAUCGACGAUAUGGGAUUUCCUUCGAAAGUGAAGGCAGUAACACCACUGUCGGAAAAUGUUGGACGCAUAAUGCCCCUUCUGGAAGCAACUAUACAUGUUGAUGGAAUGACAUGUAUGUCAUGUGUGAACAAUAUUCAAGGAAACAUAUCAAAGGUUGAUGGGAUUGAAAGCAUCAAGGUUAACCUUGAGGAAAAGCAGGCUUUUGUGCGCUACAAUGCAGUAAAGCUUACGCCAGAUGUCAUCGCCGAGAAGAUAAGUGACAUGGGUUUUGAUGCGUAUACAAGAAGGAAGUCUAACUCCCUCAUAGCAAGAAUCCAUGUAGAAGGUAUGACCUGUCAGAAUUGUGCUAACACGAUCGAGUCUUUUGUCAAGAAGAAGGAAGGCGUGGAGGAAAUACGUGUCUCAUUACAAGACAAAGAGGCUUUCAUCAUCUACAAGCCGAAUAUCACUAACCCUGUUGCCCUGAAAGAUGUAAUCAACGAUAUGGGAUUUGAUGCAACUCUACCUAGAGAAAGUGCACUAGAUUUAGAAUUUGACAAGCUGGCUAAAGCAUCGAUCGAAGCUAAGGAGAAGGAGACCAUGAUUGAUAUCGAAGGGAUGGUCUGUAUGUCAUGUGUUAAAAGUAUCGAAGGAACAAUUUCGGAGAAACCUGGAAUCUUGCAAAUCCGGGUAUCAUUAGAGGAUAAGAAUGGUUGGGUUCGGUAUGAUCCUGCUGUCACGAAUCCGGAAUCUAUUGCUGAGAUGAUAGAUGAUAUGGGUUUUGAUGCAAAAGUUUCGGCUUCACCAGUGCCAAGUUCUGUUGAAAGCACUGAGGCAGUGACAAUAAGCAUCAAAGGAAUGACUUGUCAGUCCUGUGUGAAAACAAUAGAGGGGAAAAUUUCGGAACUUAAGGCAGUGAAGAGUAUAAAGGUUUCGUUGGAGAAUGAAACAGGGUUGAUUGUCUACUACCCAGACAGGACGACUUCUCAGAUGUUAGCUGAUGCUGUUGAUGAUAUGGGCUUUGAGGCAUCUGUUAAAGAGGACACAGGUGGAAGUCUAUCACCAGCAGAGGUUGAUUUUAAGCCCAGUAUGUCCAAUGGUACCUUGCAAAUUGACCCCAAGAAUGCAAGUGCGAGGUAUAAGCCGGGAACCAAUGAGGAGGAAGAAUACGACAAAUGUUUUCUCAAGGUCACUGGUAUGACCUGUGCAUCAUGUGUUUCAAUCAUUGAAAAAAAUCUUGUCAAAGUUGAAGGUGUGAAGUCUGUGAUUGUUGCGUUAAUGGCCCAGAAAGCUGAAGUGAAGUAUGAUGCAUCGUAUGUGUUACCUUCACAGAUAGCGAACAAAAUCUCCGGCCUCGGUUUCAAUGCCUCUGUGAUAGACUCGGAGACGGCGGGUCAAGGCACCGUGGAACUUAAUAUAACUGGGAUGACAUGUGCAUCUUGUGUUCAUCUGAUAGAGUCGACAGUACAGAAACGAACUGGGGUGAUCAGUGCUCAGGUUGCCUUGGCAACCAGCAAGGGAAAGUUUGUCUACAAUACAGAGUACAUAGGUCCGCGAACAAUCAUUGAAAUUAUACAGGGUCUUGGAUUUAAAGCAUCACUAUACACAGACCAUGACAACAAUGCUUCAAGAUAUGAUCACAGAGAUGAUAUUAAACGGUGGAGAACCUCAUUUUUAUGGUCCCUGAUAUUCGGAGUCCCAGCUAUGGCCAUAAUGAUGUAUUUCAUGUUCGCACCGGCGAAAACCGAAGAUCAUGACGGCAUGGUUUCAGAUAACAGCUCAAAUGUGACGGAGACUACCACACGUAAAAUGAUGAGAACUGGUGGUCAUGGCAACCAGAUAAUGCUUAUUCCUGGUCUCUCAUUGGACAAUAUACUCAUGUUUAUAUUGGCUACACCUGUACAGUUCAUCGGAGGUCGGUACUUCUACAUUCAAGCCUACAAAGCCCUAAGUCACAAGUCUGCAAACAUGGACGUUCUCGUUGUCCUGGCAACCACUAUAUCAUACGUGUAUUCUGUCUGUGUAGUCCUUGCUGCUAUAGGACUGCAUGAACCAUUCUCACCGAUGACAUUUUUUGAGACCACGCCCAUGUUAAUGGUGUUCAUAUCACUGGGUAGAUGGUUGGAGCAUAUCGCUAAGGGUAAAACAUCGGAGGCCCUUGCCAAGUUGAUGUCCCUCCAAGCAUCAGAAGCUCUCCUAGUGGUGCUGGAUAAAGAAGAUACUAUCAUUAAUGAAAAAACCAUAUCUGUAGAUCUCGUUCAGAGGGGUGAUAUCCUCAAGGUUGUGCCAGGUGAGAAGGUACCUGUAGAUGGGAAAGUUGUCCACGGUAGUUCUACAUGUGAUGAGUCACUUAUAACUGGAGAGUCUAUGCCUGUUGUGAAGAAUGUUGGUUCGUCUAUGAUUGGUGGAUCUAUUAACCAGCAUGGAAUGCUGUUGGUUGAAGCGACACACGUUGGUUCUGACACAACUCUUGCUCAGAUUGUGAAACUUGUUGAAGAGGCACAAACAUCCAAGGCUCCAAUUCAGGCUGUAGCAGAUAAAAUAGCUGGCUACUUUGUCCCUGUUGUCUGUUCGCUAUCCUUCCUGACAGCGUUGUCCUGGAUUAUUGUGGGAUAUGUUGAUGUGAAACUUGUUGAACCCCACUUUGAGGAAGGUGCAGACUACACAAAGGAGGAGAUCAUUUUCCAAAAAGCUUUUCAGUAUGCCAUUACUGUACUGAGUAUAGCCUGUCCAUGUGCCCUAGGUCUGGCCACACCCACGGCUGUUAUGGUAGGGACUGGUGUUGGGGCCACUAACGGUAUCUUGAUCAAGGGAGGAGAACCACUGGAAACUACGCACAAGAUAAAAGCUAUUGUAUUUGAUAAGACUGGCACAGUGACUCAUGGAGUACCGAGGGUUGCGCGGGUCGCAAUGUUUGUGGAGGACAAAGUGUGCUCCUUUGUUCAACUCCUUGCUGUAGCUGGAACUGCAGAGGCCAGCUCAGAACAUCCAAUAGCUUCAGCUAUUGUCAAAUACGCAAAAGAUACAUUGAAGUCAGAAAAUCUGGGAAAGGUGACAGACUUCCAAGCUGUUCCAGGGUGUGGCCUUAAAUGUAGCGUGAGCAAUCUAGAAUCAGUUUUACAGUCCCUGGACAUGGAUGGUGUCAACAACAGGAAAAACUUGGCCGGAAGUUUGAGGGUGAAAAUAGACAAUGUCCUGCACAGCAAUGCAAUAGAGGAUGUGUUUCAGAUGGAUGAAAUCAAUAUGAUUGGUGCUGCCUCAUCCAAACCCUAUGAUGUUUUGAUAGGGAAUCGAGAAUGGAUGAAACGUAAUGGGUUACACGUCACUGAUGAAAUGGAUCACACUAUGUCAGAACAUGAAGACCAAGGUCACACAGCUGUCCUGUGUGCAAUUGAUGGGGACAUUAUAGCGAUGCUUGCUGUAGCGGACACAGUGAAAUCUGAGGCUCACCUGGCUAUCAGCACACUGAAGGAAAUGGGGCUACAGGUUAUAUUGCUGACUGGGGAUAAUCAGAAAACUGCAAGGGCCAUUGCCAAACAGAUUGGUAUACAGAAAGUAUUUGCCGAAGUUUUACCUUCUCAUAAAGUGAAGAAGAUCAAACAGAUCCAGAAGUCGGGGAUCAAGGUUGCUAUGGUAGGUGACGGCGUCAAUGACUCGCCGGCCCUUGCCCAGGCUGAUGUCGGUAUAGCCAUUGGUACAGGAACUGAUGUAGCGGUUGAAGCUGCAGAUAUUGUUCUUAUUAAGAACAACCUCCUAGACGUGACAGCAGCCAUACAGCUCUCUAAGAAAACUGUACGCAGGAUUCGAUUGAAUUUUAUUGCAGCUUCAGUUUACAACAUCAUCGGGAUCCCAAUAGCUGCUGGUAUAUUUACCCCAUUCGGUGUAUCUCUGAAGCCUUGGAUGGCGUCUGCAGCAAUGGCUGCUUCAAGCGUCUCUGUCGUCUGCUCAUCUCUCAUGUUGAAACUAUACAGAAAACCAACGAAGGCAAGCCUGCUAACCAACAAGUACUGGGAGAGAUACUACGCUGAUCAGGAGGGGGACAACAUAUCUUUACAUCGUGGAGUGGAGGACAGUGUGUCGAGUAGAGAGGGCAGUAGUCAGAAAGGCAGUAUACUCUCGAAGCUGAGUGCACUUAGUGGCAGGAAGAAACCACCUACCCAGGAUCAGACCAGUCUUCUUGAAGUGGCAGACGCCUCGGAAAAAGUCUGGAAAAAGCAGUCAAAUACAACCAUGAGUUAAGACCUAUUUUAAAUGUUGGGUUGAACAUGCUGUUCCUCAGAAUGAAUGUCAUGUUAUUGUGUGGUACAUUUUUCUCUUUGGCCUAAGCAUAAUAUUUUCAUAAAAGACAUUAUUUAUGUUUAAGAAGGUAAAUUGCUUUGUUUGAAAGUAACAUUUUAAUAUAUCCUUGAUUAGAGAAGAAAAUCAUGCAGAAUAUGAUGAUUAUUUAAUUAAUAUAGAAGUGAUAGAAAUGAGUUAAAUUUUAAAGCGCCACAAGGCAUCAAUCAAGCAGACAAAAUCUGGUAAAACUUUUCAACCAUUAUUGGACACUCAAAAUAAUGAUACAUACUGUAUAUGGGAUAAUUUUUGCAUCAUGUUAGUUUUCAGGAUUUGAUUUACAUUAGACGUUUUGGCAAUGACAAGAAUUUGCAAUUUAUAGUUACGUGAGACUUCUGGAUAUAAUGCAGUUAAUUAUUCACAUGUGUUUAGAAUUUGCAUGUCUCUCUGUUCAUAAAUAUAAGUGAAAUUAAAUCAUACCAAAUAAUAGCAUAUCUACAGUACAGAAAAAUCAAACUUUGCAUAUCAUUGAGCAGCAAAUACUGAUUUCUAAGAAAUAUUUAUGUGAUCAUUGGUAAUGGUCUUUGUCCACUUAUCAAUUAUAAUUGAGACAGUCUACCAAAGAAAUCAAUUUGCUCUGUUCAAUAUAUAUUGAUAAGUUCUUAUUUCAUUCUAUUUUUCCAAGAAAAAAAAUCUUGAAAUUUUAUUUCGUUAUGAACCUAUUUUUCAAGUAAAAAUUGUUUAUAAGUAUUUUUAGUAAAAAUGGACUUCAGUUGUUAAGUACACAAACAUUGUAAUCAGUUUUGCCACAUGGAAGAGUUACAAUGCAAACACAUACCUGUCUAGCUCGAUUUACAAAAUUCUUAUCAUUUUUUUUUUCUCAUGUCAGCCAUUUAUUUCAGCAUUUUAAGAUCAGUAAAGAGAAUGAAGACAAACCAAACAAUGAAAGUUGAAAGCUUUUAACGGAAUUUGUUCUAAGCGUAAGUUAGGUCUAAUUCAGAUACGUAACAAUAGAUUGUUCAAAACCUAAGCCUGAUUCAGAUGUGUUCAAAACCUAAGUUGAGGUCAGAAAGCCUCAUUUUAAAAAUCAUUAUGAUUUAGUGUUGUGUUGUCUGUAGUUAUGUUUAAACUUUGUUGUAAAUGUGAAACUGCUAUUAUUUUUAAGACAAAAAAAUUCUUAGUCUUGUACACCACACAAUAGGGUCAUUUUUGUGGUACAGACACAUUUAUAGGUUAAUUUAUUUUGGUAUUUUUCAACAAUUUAAAUUGUGAUGUAAUAAAUAUAUCUAUACAUCGCGGAGUAGAGGACGGUCCAUUGAGUAGAGAGGGCAGUCAGAAAGGCAGUAUACUUUCGAGACUGAGUGAACUUAGUGGCAGGAAGAAACCGCCUACGUCUGAAGACAUGUCCGUUUAAAGCUGUAAAUUUAGGUCUUUGGAAAACUCUGUGGCAGAAUGAUAGGAUUGUAAGAUAAGGUCUAUUUUCUGUGUUGGCAAGACAUUCUACAAAAAGCAUACACUCUUCAACUCACUGUGAUUAUACCAGCUUUUCUCUGUCUAGAGAAAAUAUUUUAGUUGUAUGAGAAUUUUCAAGUUUAGACAACAAUAAACAACACCGAGGCCCACCAUAAGUUUGUGUACACAUUGAUACAUCAAGAGAACCCUUCACAUCUUUAAUUAUGAUUAAACCUGAAAUAUUUAGGCCUACUUGAAGUGAAAGUUUGCCUCGCAGUUAAGGUGGACAUUUUCUUGCUUUAUUCUGAUGAAACUGUUAGAAAAAUGUGUUUUUCUAAUGUCUUUUAAUGUAAUUUCUGUAAUUCUUAUUGCUUGUGAUAAAUUUGUGUUGUUAUUUCUGUGAUAUGGUAUGGAACAAGAAGUGCUUCAGUCAUACAGUAAAAUAUUUUGAUAAAUGAGCCGCACCAUGAGAAAACCAACAUAGUGCAUUUGCGACCAGCAUGGAUCCAGACCAGCUUGCGCAUCUGCGCAGUCUGGUCAGGAUCCAUGCUGUUUGCUUUUAAAGGCAAUUGAGAAACCGUUAGCGAACAGCAUGGAUCCUGACCAGACUGCGCGGAUGUGUAGGCUGGUCUGGAUCCAUGUUGGUCACAAAUGCACUAUGUUGGUUUUCUCAUGGCAUGGCUCAAAUAUAGCACAAAAGAGAAGUAAAAUGUUGAUAUUAAAUUUCUACAAAUGGUGA